ACCAGGAAAAGCAAAAUUACAAAGUCUUCAAUCAAACGCAACGCCGCAAAGACUUAUUUGCUAAUUACCAGAAAGCCCUGGCCGAUAAAGAACGCGAAGCGGAAAUUGCUUUAUUAGACCAAGCCCAAGAAGAAGACGACGAAGAAAAUGAGGAUUGA